GUGUGUGUGCAGUGCAGAUUGGUUACAAAACAUUCCAGUGUUGCUCGAAAAUUUACAAUUGUGACAUAAUCCGCCACCGUUUCUCUGAUUUGGGAUUGUUAAAAUGCUCAGACUGCACACGAGUUGAAAAGGAAGUGAUAACAUUUGAAGAAUCUCCCCCAAACUCGGGGAAGUAUUGACUGCAUCAUCCCAUAAUGUCAAAAGCUGCACGCGCUGUGAAGGCAGCAAAGGAUGCAGCUAAAAAAGUAGAACAUGGCAAUACAAUCCGCUCUUACAUCAGGGCAGGGCGGGCUGCCCCAGGACCCCCACUCGGACCCAUUUUGGGUCAGAGGGGAAUACCAAUCGGCCAGUUCUGUAAAGACUUCAAUCAGAAGACGAGUCACAUCAAAGACGGAGUUCCACUUCCCUGCUACAUCCAUAUAAAUCCGGAUAGAACGUAUGAUAUCGAAAUGAGAACGCCACCAUCUGCCUACCUUUUAUUGCAGGCGGCUGGUAUGAACAGGGGAGUUCACGAAGCAGGCAAACAGGUCUUCGGCAAGAUAACUCUCAAGCACGUCUACGAAAUCGCCAAAAUCAAACACCAAGACAGUCCUCUGCAGGACCUAAGCCUUCAAGAUGUCUGUAAACAGAUCAUCGGAACCUGUCGCUCAGUGGGAGUCCAGAUAGUUCGGGACCUUGACCCUGAGGAAUAUAAACAGUUCUUAGAGGAGGUUGCAGAGACGAGGAAGGCCUUGGAUGAAAAGAGAGCUUUAGACCGAUUAUCUUGAGAAACCUCAAAACUUUGUUUAUUUUCUGUUAUGUUAAAGGAACUCAAAUCCCACCAGAGUAAUAUGCCUGGUUUUUUCCACAGA